AUGCUCGAGGUGGCAGGUACCGAUGCCACAGGAGCCUUCGAGUUUGUCGGUCACUCUGAAGACGCCUUUAAAACCCUCGUCAAGUUUGAAACUGGUUCUCUGGCGGAAUAUUCAGUUUGUGAAAAGAGGACAAUGCGCAAGAAAAUCUUGUCAGACGAGUUUGAGAAUGAAGGGCUACCAUUCUUCAAGGUGGCGUGGCACAGGACACAGCUUCUUGAAACGAAGCUAGAACUCUGGAAACGGCUCGGCUUGGUCACCUUGGGCUUGACACUCAUACCUGUCAUGUAUGUUAAAGUUCUCCCCCACUACAUAUUUCAAUUGGGCAGUGGCUUGGACUUUGGAGGCUUUCAGUCUGGCGUUCUCGCAACUUUAAUAUUGUUCGGCGCUCUGGCAGCGGCAGCAAGCGCCUGGUUUCGCCGCUGUGUAUUUCACUACAAAGAUGUGUUUGAGUACCCGCCGUAUUAUUCUUUGCAGGCUCAAUAG